UCGUCGAAGAAGUCUGAAAAAGAAAAUAUGUCAUUAUUUUUCGACCUAGGGAACCCUUCGGGAUAAACAUCUCCUGAAUGCAUCAAGAAACUCGAUCCCUAAUUAAUUCAUCGCAUUACCUAAGUCUAUCAAAACGAAUUUUCAUAUUAAAUUAAUAAAGAAUGAUCAAGGACUUUGUUGCCUAUAAUAAGGCGUAAUGGGGGAUCGGUUAAAAUUAAUGAUCUGUUGCGCCUCACUAUAGGCAACACGUUUUUAUUCGAAUACGAACCUAGCGUAAAGUUUGAGAAACAUAUCCAUGUUGGGGGAUGUGUGUAUUGUGUAUUGUAUUGUAAAUGCUAUAAGUUGUGUUAUACAGCGAUUGUUCGUAACGCCCCGGCAGAUUGGGCGCUAUUGUCGAAAAAUACUGGACGCAACUCGGCUGUCAAACAAAUUAUAUAGCAGAUGAAAAAAUGUCCGUCGACAAUGCAAUACUACUCAUAUUUGUAACGUUUUUAUCAUUAAAUAAUGCGUCCGGAGAAUGCGUUGCGUCGACGAAUUGCAAAUGCGUUAUGCCAAACGGUGAAGGUUACGACUUUUCAUCAAUUCCUCCUGGUGCAUUCAACGGUUUCAUCGAGUCGACAACGAAAAACAAUGUGACAUUUUAUUUUCACCCGUGUAGUGACGCUUCUCUUAAUGUUCCCGGAAAGAAUACAAUCGGCUGCAUUAGUCCCAAGGGUGUUUCGUUAUGCAUGUAUAAUGCAACCAACAAUCAGUCCAUAAGUUUGGCUACUGCUGACAAAAGUAGCCCAAUAACAUUAGCGUCGAACAGCGAGCCGCAGAUACUCUUUCCCUUUAAUUUAACUGAUGGAAUUCAAAGGACCGCUACCAUCAAUUUUCUUUGUCAUCACGUCAUCGAUAUCCCGACGGAACUGGUAUUAUACAAUAUAAGCAAGGAAUUAAACUUUAAACUAUAUCUUCUUUCACCAAAAGCUUGCAAAAUAGCAAUGCAUGUGGGAGGCCUUUCUACAGGGUCAGUACUAGUUAUAAUACUAUUUAUAUUCAGUGGAAUAUACUUCUUGGGUGGAGCAUUAGCUUUGAAACUAUUGAGGGGAGCAACAGGUUGGGAAAUGUUACCGAAUCAAAAGUUCUGGUUCGAUUUACCCGCGCUAGUCAGAGAUGGUAUUGCAUUCACGUUUAAUUGCUGCAGAGUCGUUAGCUACAAUGAAAUAUGAGCAUCGUACCUUUCUUUUUCACUUUAAGGAAAUCAGAAACACAGAUUUUCCUGUGUUUUAACGCUUAUUAUCAAUUUCAGGUAACUUUAUGUGCAGAGUAGUUUAAUUUUCUUCCCGUUAUUGCGAUUGAUUAAAUUAUAUUUUAAAUAUUUGCGAAGUUUAUUUAAGUGGCAUACAUUCUUUUUUUGCAAGAAAAUUAAGGCAGCACUAUUAUCGCGUCGUUUUGAGGCCAUUCUUAUCUGAGAUUCGUGGAGGAAUAAAAAAAAAAACAUGACUAAACUAAAUACGCUUAUGUUCUUGCGUAUAUUGCAAUAUGUAUUCUUUUCUUUCUUAAAUUUGUUUUUCCUUUCUUUUCCUUAGUUUACAUUUUUCGCUACGAUAGGUUAUAAAAACAGUUGAUAUGUGUAUAUGGAUAUUAUAUAAGUAUUUCUCAGAAACUGAUAUCGCGAACGCAAUAUUGAAACAUCACUUAGAAAGAAACACCAAGGGGUUUUAUAACAGUAUUAGAAAAGUUUGAAGAGAUAUAUUCAUCCUUCCUCCGUUAUGCUGUUUUACCUCAUAUCAGAAUCUUGUAGCUAAUACAGAGCUGUUGCCAAAUUUCUUGGUGUCUAGAUUUGAAUCUUGAAUGAGGCCUUCUCUCUGUACGUACCCUAAGCACAAUGUCGCACUUAAUAGUUUCAUACGUAUCGUUUUACGUAUAAUAUGGAGUUUUAAGCAUACUUUGUAAUUACAUAUAAACACAAACACAUCAAACGAAGAAAUGAUGAAUUUCGAAGUAUGAGGAACGUACCAAGGCCUUGUUCUAAAGUUUUGCAGGUCUUGCUAUUUUUUUACAAAACAUCUAGACACCUUAGUUUUAAGAAAUUUCGUACAACCGAGACAUAUUUGUAUAUUGCAAUAAAUUUAAUAUUCUAUAUUAUCAAUACAAGAGGCCUUUAAAUUAUUUUUCCCUCACGCACGUUGUAUUUAUCCCUACUAUUAUCCUAUAAUUUGAUCGUUGUGAAAUUUGAUAUGGAUAAUAAAAAACGGAAGACAAGGUUUCGCACUUGUGCAUUUAUUCGUUAAAAAUCUCCCGAUAAAAACUGUAUGAAAAAUUUUGUUUCAACAAACUUAUUUAACAAUAUUUGACACUUAAUUUCUUAAAGAAUUACAAAGUCUCGCUCCAAGUGUAUAUCAUCUAUACUUAACAAUUAGUUAAUAAAAAGAACAAAAAUUACGGAGACGAGAUUAAUACACGCUGAAUAUUGCUCGUCUAUUACAAAACCGUAACAAAAAGUCUUGAUUACGUGAUAUUUUGGCACUGCCAAAAAUUUAUCGUACAACAUUCAAAUAUGUUCUGAAAGUACAUACAAGGAAUGUACGGUUCGCGAUGAAUCGAUAAAUGAAGAAAGCUUCCGAUCCCUGAACGUUUCCUUCGCGUAACUCACAGGCAUGUUAACGAUUAAUACGUACGGAAAAACACGACCUAUCACAUCACGAUCUGACAAUA